AUGUCACUCUGUGUGUUCAUGCUGAUGGUAGCUGAAGCUAUGCCCCAAACCAGUGAUGCUCUACCUUUGAUAGAGGUCUACUUUUCCUGCAUAAUGUUCGAAGUCGGUGCCUCUGUGGUAUGCACGGUGUUUGCGCUGAAUUUCCAUCAUCGAACAUCAGAAAGCUAUCAUGGGCAGGCGAUUGAUCAUCCUUGUAACGCGGAAGGAUCUCCUUGGACUGGCUGCCGAUGGCUUCUUUGCAUGAGCGUCGGGCCCUGCCAUUGUCGUCUUGGAGAAAUCAGUGAAAGUAACUGGUCGAAAGCAAAGGAUAUAUUGUCGAUCUCGAAAAAAACCCUCCUCAAUAACUGCUACCCACCGCUUGACCACAAAACAAAAGCAGUACAUCUCGACUUCUGUCAUGGGGGUCGAAUAGAGGUUCGUCGCCGGCCGACGAGUACAGAGCGAAAUUCCUUUCCCCUCUCAAUGACGUCCAACAAUGUCAGUUCACCCGUGCUUGCUCAAAAAUACACAUUCUCUAAACUUCAUAACCCUCCGGAGCCUGUCGAUCGGAAAUCACCGCUCCCUGUUCCCACACGGAGCCUUAUGGACGAACGACAGUACGCUGGUAUCAUUGAUGAGUUGAAAGUGAUAUCAAACCGAAUUAAGAAAGAGGAAAUCAUGCAUGCCGAACGAGCUGACUGGAUGUUCGCCGCGAUGGUGAUCGACCGUGUGUGCUUUGUGACUUUUUCAUUCUUUUUAAUACUCUGUACACUUAUUCUCUCCUAUAGAGCGCCGCAUAUCUUUGUCUGA